AUGGACAAGCUACAGGAAUUGAGUCUCGUGUCCAAAGUGUGUCAGGCGUUAGAAAACCAUUUAAAUAUGAGUGAUAAGACACUGGCUGAGUUUAUUAUUGAUCUAGUACGUAAUAGCUCAAGUUGUGUCGCUUUUCUCGCGUCCAUUAAAGAGGAUGAGCUGCCAUUACCUCUUUCACUGGCUGAGAAUCUCUAUAGGAUCGUGCAGACGAUGACACCACACAUGAUGAAGCAAAGGAAAGGAAACAAUAAUGAGAAUAAGAGUAAAAAGUGUCCGAUCAUUCGAGACGACGAGCAACUUACAGCAGCAGAUAUCGUAGGAGCUACAGUCGAAGAUCUUGAAGACAAGAAAAAGGAUGAGAAGACGUCUCUUCCAUGCCGUGAGAACGAGAGUGUUGGUCAUUCUCAAACUAAAGAUCGAGCAAAAGAACAAGAUCGUUAUGGACGUGACAAAAGUCGUGGACGAGAUGAUGAACGAGGUCGGAGAAGUAGACGAUCGAGGUCGAGAUCGGCGGAAGGAAAAAGAAGCGAACGACGUUACAGAAAAAGUGAUCGUAGUCGAGGACGUGAUCGAAGUGAUGAUCGUUAUGGAUCAUCGCGUUCCCGUCGUGAUUAUCGAGAUCGUGACGAUGAUCGACGAGAACGAGAUGUCGAGCCGAGAAAGCUGGAGCUGUAUGGCAUUUAUGACGGUCGUGUGACCAAAAUCAUGGACUUUGGUGUUUUUGUGGAGCUGGAUGCGUUCGUAAGAGACAAGAAGGAAGGACUAGUGCACGUAUCAAACUUAUCAUCGACUCGUGUGAACAAUGUAAAGGACUUUGCCAAGCGUGGAGAUCGUGUAAAAGUCAAACUCAUUUCGAUCUCUGGUGCAAAGUUGUCGAUGUCUAUGCGAGAUGUGGAUCAAAAGACGGGACAGGAUUUGAUGCCCCAACGCUCAAGCGGUGGUACCGAGCGAGCUCGACAAGAGAACAAAUCCUCGGACUCGCGCUCCUGGAUUAACCCUUCUGCACCUGGUAUGCAGCGAUCGCAACAGCUAGAUGAAGACGACAACAAGACACAGCGUGCUGCCAAGCGCAUGUCAUCCCCUGAGCGGUGGGAAGUGCAGCAGCUGAUUAAUUCUGGCGUAUUAUCAAUUGAGGACUAUCCAACUUUCGACGAAGAGCAUGGCCUACUUAACACUGAAACUACGGAGGAGGACUUUGAGGUGGAGCUAAAUGAGGAUGAACCAGUAUUCCUUCGUGGUCGGACUCAGGUAAGCCGUGAGAUAUCCCCCGUCAAGAUUGUGAAGAAUCCGGAUGGAACGAUGCAGCGUGCAGCUAUGACACAGUCUAACCUGGCGAAGGAACGCCGUGAACUGCGACAAACUCAGGCGAAUCAGCUCAUUGAUUCCAUCCCGAAGGAUCUUAAUCGUCCUUGGGAAGAUCCGAUGCCAGAUGCUGGUGAGCGCCAUUUCGCUCAAGAACUGCGUGGUAUCAAUAUGGGCUCAACGUUUGAGCUGCCUGAAUGGAAACAGAAGUCGGUCGGCAAGAAUCUAUCGUACGGCAUUGUAUCGAACAAGUCCAUUCUAGAGCAGCGCGAGAGUCUUCCUGUCUUCAAACUAAAGCGUCAACUCAUGAAUGCAAUCGCUGGUAAUCAGGUUCUUGUGGUCAUUGGAGAAACUGGUUCUGGCAAAACCACGCAGAUGACACAGUAUAUGGCAGAAAUGGGAUUAACUUCCACUGGUAUUAUUGGGUGCACGCAGCCCCGUCGUGUAGCCGCUUCAUCUGUGGCAAAGCGUGUAGCCGAGGAGUUUGGCUGCGAACUAGGGCAGGAAGUUGGUUACUCGAUGCGAUUUGAAGAUGUCACGAGCCCGGAGACAGUGAUCAAGUACAUGACUGAAGGUAUGCUUCUACGUGAGUACUUGGCUGACUCGACGCUGUCAAAGUACAGCGCACUGAUGCUUGAUGAAGCUCAUGAGCGCACAAUCAACACUGAUGUGCUAUUUGGUCUGCUAAAAGAUCUCGUGCGCAAACGGAAGGACCUGAAAAUUAUUGUGACCUCGGCAACACUGGAUGCAGAAAAAUUUUCGCGAUAUUUCUUUGAUUGCCCUAUCUUUACAAUUCCAGGACGUACCUUUCCUGUCGAAAUUCUGUAUACGAAGGAACCAGAGCUUGACUACUUAGACGCAUCGCUUCUUUGCGUGAUGCAAAUUCAUCUGUCCGAACCAGAGGGAGACAUUUUGCUGUUUUUAACGGGUCAAGAAGAAAUUGAUACAGCAUGCGAAGUGCUGUAUCAGCGUAUCAAGGCGUUACAGGAACGUGCUUUGGCUCCAGAGCUCAUCAUUCUUCCAGUGUAUGGUGCACUACCUUCGGAAAUGCAGUCGCGCAUCUUUGAACCAGCGCCGAAGGGCUCCCGUAAAUGUGUCGUGGCCACCAAUAUUGCAGAAGCAUCGCUGACAAUCGAUGGCAUUUAUUAUGUCGUGGAUCCUGGCUUUUGCAAGCAGAAUGCCUUCAACUCAAAGAUUGGAAUGGAUUCUCUGGUGGUUGUGCCGUGUUCACAGGCUUCGGCUCGUCAACGUGCGGGACGCGCUGGACGCACAGGCCCAGGUAAAUGCUAUCGACUGUACACGGAGAAUGCUUACAAGAACGAAAUGCUGCCCACAACUGUGCCUGAGAUUCAGCGUGCGAAUCUUGGAUCAGUUGUGUUACAAUUGAAGGCAAUGAGUAUUAACGACCUCAUGAGUUUUGACUUCAUGGAUCCGCCUCCUCAAGAUGCACUUGUCAUGGCGCUGGAAAAUUUGUAUGCCCUAGGUGCUCUAGAUGACGAAGGGUUGCUAACGCGACUAGGAAAGAAGAUGGCCGAGUUUCCGGUGGAGCCGAAGAACGCCAAGGUGCUGCUAACGUCCGUGGUGCUUGGCUGCGCAGAGGAAGUGUUGACAAUCGUAGCGAUGAUGUCAGUGGAGUCAGUCUUUUUCCGGCCAAAGGAGAAGCAGGCACAGGCCGACCAGAAGAAGGCGAAGUUCCACCAGCCCGAAGGCGAUCACUUGACUUUGCUGGCAGUAUAUGAGGCUUGGGCGAACUCCAAAUUCUCGAACCCGUGGUGCUACGAAAACUUUAUCCAAGCGCGAGCCAUUCGCCGUGCGCAAGACGUCCGCAAGCAGUUGCUAUCGAUUUUAGACCGAUACAAAAUGGAUGUUGUUUCCUGUGGCAAGAAUUUUAACAAAGUGCGGCGUGCGAUUGUGGCUGGAUACUUUGCUAACACAGCAAAAAAAGACCCACAAGAAGGAUACCGCACCAUGAUUGAGGGCCAGCCCGUGUAUAUUCACCCAUCGAGUGCGCUGUUCAACAAGAGCCCUGAGUGGGUGCUCUAUCAUGAGCUUGUGCUCACGACGAAGGAGUAUAUGCGAAACAUCAUGACAAUCGAACCAAAGUGGCUUGUAGAAUUGGCUCCGGCCUUUUUCAAAAAGGGAGAUCCCACAAAGCUCUCGAAGCGCAAGCGCAAUGAGAAGAUUGAGCCGCUGUAUGAUCGCUUCAACCCACCUGAUUCCUGGCGUCUUAGCAAGCGUAGGGGAUAA